AUGACGCGCUCGACAACAGUAUGGGCCGCCGCGCUGGUCAUGGCCAGCAUGUCUGGCUCGGGACCGAUUGGCACAGUAGCUGAGGCCAUGCCCGCACCGCAACCGCAGCAAACACAGGGCAAACCCCGAUACUACUUCCCACGCCACGUAAAGCGCCAAAUUAACACCGAGACGGCAAAUGUCACGACACCCGCAACACCAUCUUCAUCUUCCACCACCAUCUCCUCCAGCUCG